AUGCAAAAUUCCAAGAACAAGGGCCUAGCGUCUGCAAAAAAUCAAGAACAAGGGCCUAGCCGUCUGCAAAAACUCAAGAACAAGGGCCUCGUGCCUGCUCACCCUCGUGCCUGCUCACCCUCGUGCCUGCUCACCCUCGUGCCUGCUCACCCUCGUGCCUGCUCACCCUCGUGCCUGCUCACCCUCGUGCCUGCUCACCCUCGUGCCUGCUCACCCUCGUGCCUGCUCACCCUCGUGCCUGCUCACCCUCGUGCCUGCUCACCCUCGUGCCUGCUCACCCUCGUGCCUGCUCACCCUCGUGCCUGCUCACCCUCGUGCCUGCUCACCCUCGUGCCUGCUCACCCUCGUGCCUGCUCACCCUCGUGCCUGCUCACCCUCGUGCCUGCUCACCCUCGUGCCUGCUCACCCUCGUGCCUGCUCACCCUCGUGCCUGCUCACCCUCGUGCCUGCUCACCCUCGUGCCUGCUCACCCUCGUGCCUGCUCACCCUCGUGCCUGCUCACCCUCGUGCCUGCUCACCCUCGUGCCUGCUCACCCUCGUGCCUGCUCACCCUCGUGCCUGCUCACCCUCGUGCCUGCUCACCCUCGUGCCUGCUCACCCUCGUGCCUGCUCACCCUCGUGCCUGCUCACCCUCGUGCCUGCUCACCCUCGUGCCUGCUCACCCUCGUGCCUGCUCACCCUCGUGCCUGCUCACCCUCGUGCCUGCUCACCCUCGUGCCUGCUCACCCUCGUGCCUGCUCACCCUCGUGCCUGCUCACCCUCGUGCCUGCUCACCCUCGUGCCUGCUCACCCUCGUGCCUGCUCACCCUCGUGCCUGCUCACCCUCGUGCCUGCUCACCCUCGUGCCUGCUCACCCUCGUGCCUGCUCACCCUCGUGCCUGCUCACCCUCGUGCCUGCUCACCCUCGUGCCUGCUCACCCUCGUGCCUGCUCACCCUCGUGCCUGCUCACCCUCGUGCCUGCUCACCCUCGUGCCUGCUCACCCUCGUGCCUGCUCACCCUCGUGCCUGCUCACCCUCGUGCCUGCUCACCCUCGUGCCUGCUCACCCUCGUGCCUGCUCACCCUCGUGCCUGCUCACCCUCGUGCCUGCUCACCCUCGUGCCUGCUCACCCUCGUGCCUGCUCACCCUCGUGCCUGCUCACCCUCGUGCCUGCUCACCCUCGUGCCUGCUCACCCUCGUGCCUGCUCACCCUCGUGCCUGCUCACCCUCGUGCCUGCUCACCCUCGUGCCUGCUCACCCUCGUGCCUGCUCACCCUCGUGCCUGCUCACCCUCGUGCCUGCUCACCCUCGUGCCUGCUCACCCUCGUGCCUGCUCACCCUCGUGCCUGCUCACCCUCGUGCCUGCUCACCCUCGUGCCUGCUCACCCUCGUGCCUGCUCACCCUCGUGCCUGCUCACCCUCGUGCCUGCUCACCCUCGUGCCUGCUCACCCUCGUGCCUGCUCACCCUCGUGCCUGCUCACCCUCGUGCCUGCUCACCCUCGUGCCUGCUCACCCUCGUGCCUGCUCACCCUCGUGCCUGCUCACCCUCGUGCCUGCUCACCCUCGUGCCUGCUCACCCUCGUGCCUGCUCACCCUUGCCCCUGCUCUCACCUACCCACGCCACGCCACCUGUGUGCUCUGGUCGUGUCUCCUCCAUCCCCCACCGCCCUUUCUAUCCGCCAUGCUUCUAUCCCCCCCCUCAACCCCAUUGCUUAUCCACCACUCAUGCGUCCAACCUCUCUCACCCUCCACUCCCCCCCCUCCCCCCCCUUCCCUCCUCUCCGGCCCGCCGGCCCCCUGUGCCCCGCGCAGCUUCAUUCUGUAUGCCAUCGCCCUGCUGCCAUGCAACCAGCACCCCUCACCCCCUGCCACUGCUGCCACCGCUGCCACCAGUGCCAGCAGUGGCAGCAGCGGGGGAGGGGGAGGAGGGGAGGGGAUGCGGGGGGGCGUGGUGACAGCGGCGGAGGGGUUGGCUCGCAUGGCACUCUUCCUCAAUUCCGUCGGCCGGUGGGUGCUGGGUGCUGGCUGCUGCCUGCUGGGUGGGUGCUGGCUGCUGCCUGCUGGGUGGGUGCUGGCUGCUGCCUGCUGGGUGGGUGCUGGCUGCUGCCUGCUGGGUGGGUGCUGGCUGCUGCCUGCUGGGUGGGUGCUGGCUGCUGCCUGCUGGGUGGGUGCUGGCUGCUGCCUGCUGGGUGGGUGCUGGCUGCUGCCUGCUGGGUGGGUGCUGGCUGCUGCCUGCUGGGUGGGUGCUGGCUGCUGCCUGCUGGGUGGGUGCUGGCUGCUGCCUGCUGGGUGGGUGCUGGCUGCUGCCUGCUGGGUGGGUGCUGGCUGCUGCCUGCUGGGUGGGUGCUGGCUGCUGCCUGCUGGGUGGGUGCUGGCUGCUGCCUGCUGGGUGGGUGCUGGCUGCUGCCUGCUGGGUGGGUGCUGGCUGCUGCCUGCUGGGUGGGUGCUGGCUGCUGCCUGCUGGGUGGGUGCUGGCUGCUGCCUGCUGGGUGGGUGCUGGCUGCUGCCUGCUGGGUGGGUGCUGGCUGCUGCCUGCUGGGUGGGUGCUGGCUGCUGCCUGCUGGGUGGGUGCUGGCUGCUGCCUGCUGGGUGGGUGCUGGCUGCUGCCUGCUGGGUGGGUGCUGGCUGCUGCCUGCUGGGUGGGUGCUGGCUGCUGCCUGCUGGGUGGGUGCUGGCUGCUGCCUGCUGGGUGGGUGCUGGCUGCUGCCUGCUGGGUGGGUGCUGGCUGCUGCCUGCUGGGUGGGUGCUGGCUGCUGCCUGCUGGGUGGGUGCUGGCUGCUGCCUGCUGGGUGGGUGCUGGCUGCUGCCUGCUGGGUGGGUGCUGGCUGCUGCCUGCUGGGUGGGUGCUGGCUGCUGCCUGCUGGGUGGGUGCUGGCUGCUGCCUGCUGGGUGGGUGCUGGCUGCUGCCUGCGUGCUGGGUGGCCGCUGUGUGCAUUGUGCUGGCACGGCACAGGGGUACGGCACGGAGGCGGGCAUGAUGGUGGCGCUGUACGGCAUGGGCGAGCUCGCCCAGGCCUUCUGCCGCCUCGCUGCCGUCAAAGGCGCCCUCUAUUGCGUGCCAACCCUUACUUUUCUCUGCGCGCGCCACCCUCCACCUGUUCCCGCACCUGCACCCGCACCUGCACCCGCACCUGCACCCGCACCUGCACCUGCACACGCACAUGCACACGCACAUGCACACGCACAUGCACACGCACACGCACAUACACACGCACAUGCACACACACAUGCACACGCACAUGCACCUGCACACAUACACCCGCACCUGCACCCGCACCUGCACCAAGGGCUGGACCUGCAAGGAGCAGCAAUGAAUGGCAUCUAUGCUCCAUACCCGCAUCCCUCACCAUCUACCAGAAUAUCCCCCGUCGUCUUUGCCCCAUGUACCAAUCCCCUCCCGCGGCGCAUCCCCCCUUCCCCCCCCCCUCCCCCCCCCCAGCACACGGGGCGGUGUGAGGGAGUGGCGUUGGAGGACGGGCAGCUGCUGGGCUCGCCCCUCGUGCUCCUCGGCCCCUCCUUCCUCCCCAACCCACUGCCCCCCGCACCAUCCGCCGCACCACCCGCAGCACCACCCUCAGCAGAGCCCGCAGCAGUGAGCGGCAGUGUUGAAGCACGUGGGAGCGCAGCAGGUGGCAGUGACACGUGUGUGGGUGGGGUAGGGACGAGCCCAGGCGUGGCGGGGUCUCAGUCUCACGGUGGCGGUGGCGGCGCUGGUGGUGGUCUGGACAGCGCAGGCAAGACAAGUGCCGAAGGGGAGAGGGGGGAAGAGGAGGAGGAGCAGGGGGAGGGGGUGGUGGCGCGCUGCAUUUGCAUCACCGACGGUUCCCUGCAUCAACACAUGCACACUCUCGUUGCUGUGCUGCCGCCCACAUGUGAGUGCUGCCGCCCACGUGUGAGUGUAGCUGCUGAGAGGUGUAGGCAAGACUGCCCUUCUCUGGCUCCCAGCUCGUCUCAUUCUCUUUCCCAUGCAACGUGUCUCUCAUCUGGAGCGUCUUAA